AAACGUAAUGUGCUCGUUCUCAGUCGACAUACGGACGGACUGGUGGAUUGAUAUCGCCUAAACACUACGACACAAUUGUACUUUUUAUAUCUGAAUUGUUCCGAAAUGCUGUCACGGUGUCUUCUUAUUGUGUUUGUGGCGGGUGCGCUGUCUGCUCCAGUGGACGAACCGAUACGAGUCGAUCUACCAGUAUACGAUACGCCACAGUCAAGUGUCCACCUCACCGAACCCCUCUUACCAGAGAACCAUCCAGAAUUGAGAAUGAAUAAAGAAUCAAUCGUCGACAAUUUUCUAUCGCACAAAGACACUAAAUUAACACAAAGCAGUCCUCCGAUCGGUUCUGUGAAUUACGGUGGUGGCUUGUUUUCGGCUCCUGUAACUACAUUAGAAGGCGCUCUGCUAGAAACCGAAGGUUUAGGAAGCAAGACUCUCUCGGUCAAGGAAAAUGUGCAAAAUGUUGCAGCUGGUAUUUUCCAGCCGAAACCAAUAGUAGAUACAAUACAAGAAGAGGAGAAGUACGGCAACAAUGGUGACAAAUUUUAUAGUGCAGGAAGGGCUAUCGUCUCUGGUGCUGAAAGUGUUUCGAAUUUCGUCAAUACCGUUCUAGAGGUGCCUGUUAAACUUUUUAGGGACGUAACUAGAAAAGCCACGGAAAAAUUGAAUAACUUGGGAGGAAAAUUAAUUGGUUUAUAAUUUAAGUUUUUAAAACUAAAUAUGUAUUGUUAUUUUUUAAGAAUAUUGUACAAAUUUUUAUUAAAUAUGUGGUUUUAUUGAA